UUUGAGAUUUCUGCUGAAAGUGUGCUUCUUCUGCUUCACUUUUCCGACUUAGAUCAUUUUAGCAACGUAACUCCUGAAGUCGUGAUUUGUUUAAAACGCAAACCCGGGUAAGAUCUCCACUGAUGCUGCCAGGAUGGAGAAAUCUCUCUUGGACUUUUUACUUUCUGAAAAACAGAAGACUUUUAUUCUGUAAAAGUUCAAACUUUAACACUUCAGCUCUGUUUCCCUCAGCUUCAUCCGCCACUCAGACCAGACUGACCUCAGGUCUUCUUCUGCGUUCCUCGGUUCAUUCUCCCUCCGUCCGCCACCUCUCGGUCUCUGCCGGCCCAAUGGAGCUGAAGGAGGUUCUGCAGGUUCUGGAGCAGCUCGCUCCUCUGUCUCUGGCUGAAUCGUGGGAUAACGUCGGCCUGCUGGUGGAGCCCAGCAAAUCUCGGCCAAUCAAAACCGUCCUGCUGACCAACGACCUGACGGACGGCGUCAUGGAGGAGGCGGAGGCCCUGAGCUGUGACCUCAUCGUCUCGUAUCACCCGCCGUUGUUUCGGCCAAUCAAGCAGCUGGUUCAGAAAGACUGGAAGCAGCGGUUAGCCAUCCGGGCCGUUGAGGCUGGGAUGGCUGUCUUCUCCCCGCAUACGUCCUGGGACAGCAUGAAGGGAGGGGUGAACGACUGGCUGGUUGGCGGUCUGGGCAGCGGUCAGGUGUCGGUGCUCAGUCAGGCCCUCGGCGGCGCCUCCCACAGUCACAAACUGGAAUUCAUGGUGAGGAGUCCAGAGGAGCUGAACGCUGUUGUGGAGGAGCUGAAGGCUAAUGAUGAUGGAACAGCGCUGCAGUGUUCAGGCACCAGACCAGACAGCAGCAGCAUCCAUGUCAGCUUAACUUGCAGUGCCUCAGCGCUGACCUCUAGUGUCCAGAUACUGUUAAAGCACAGUGCUCCCUGCCAGUCCCUCAGCAUCCUCAAGUUGGAGAAGGCUCCUCUGCCGGGCCACGGCCAAGGACGGCUGAGCGUUUUGGACCAGCCGGUCACCGUGGCAACAGCUAUCCAGAAGAUGAAAUCCCAUUUGGGAUUAGCUAAUCUCCGUUUGGCUCUGGGAGCAGGCAGGACUCUAGAGUCCUCAGUCUGCACUGCUGCGGUUUGUGCCGGCUCUGGAGCCUCAGUGCUGAGCGGCGUCCAGGCCGACCUCUUCAUCACAGGUGAGAUGUCCCACCAUGAGGUGUUGGAUGCAGUGGCGAAGGGAACCAGUGUCAUCCUGAGCGACCACAGCAACAGCGAGCGCGGUUUCCUGGCCGUGUUCAGGGAGCGGCUCGCCGUGCGGCUGCCCGACGCCGUGACGGUGGUGCUGUCCAAGGCUGACAGAGACCCGCUGGAGGUCGUCUGAAGGCUCCGAGUUGUAAAUAAAUCAUAAAACACAGGAAAGUCGUCUACUGAACUUAAAAUGGCUGCUUCUUUUUUGUAAAAACAGGCUGUGAUGGAAAGUACAUUAUUUUGAUUAAAGUAGCUUUUAUGCAUGUUAGAAAAAAAACAUCAUCUUGCAAGUAAGAAAAGAUAAAGGAUUUAAUUUGUAAUUUAGAUGUAUGGAGUAAGCAGUGGAUCUAUUUCUGGCUGACACACAGGGAGACAUAAUCCCAACACCUAGGGGCUUCAGCCUCCGUGCACUGCAAAAACACUAAAUCUUACCAAGUAGUUUUGUCUAGUUUCUAAUGCAAAUAAAUUGGGACACUAGAAAAAAGUCCAAACUAAUUUAAAAGUAAUUUUUCAGCAAGAAAUAUAUGCUUGUUCUAGAUCAAUAAUUCCUUAAUAUUCAUGAAAAGAUUUUAGUUCCAGUGGGAUCGUUACCUAGCAACCUCAGCCAGGCCCAUCCUGUUGCCUAGCAACGCGGCUCUACUGGCAGAUUAUUUAACUUAAAACAAGACAUUUUUCUCAUGUUAUAAGUUUAACAACCUGCCAGUGAAACUAAGAAUUUUUAAUCAAUAUUGAGGAAUUACUGGCUUAAAAUGAGCUCCUAGAAGAAAAAGUAAGAUGUUGUGUUUUUGUAGUGUGUCUUUCAUAUAAUUUAAUCUGUAUAAAGGAAGAUAUGAACUUUUGUCACUUUCAGACAAGAAUCUCAAUUUAUAUCCAGAAUAGAAACGUCUGUAAUAUAACUAAUAUUCAUAAAAUUAAAGACAAGCUGUUAAAUGCAAAGA